CUAUAAAUUGUGAGCGCCUUGGCCACUGUGAGGAGAUUGUAAAACUUGUAAGAGUUUCUAUACAAAUAAGUGCUUGGCACAGAAAGGAUGCUAUUCGAGUUCCCAUUAACAGAAAGGGUGCAGAGCAAGUUCGUUAGACUUGAGAAAAUUCAUAUGGGGGAAGCAGGUGUUCUGAAUCCGUGAGCUGGAGAAAGGCUGUGCUCAAAGCCUGCACCAUAUUGUGUGCUGAAGGGGGAAGUUGUAGGAACGAGGCUCGCUGACUGAUCGUGGAGCUGCUCGGUUUUGUCUUUUGUGCUCCCAGCACCACACUGUCAGGCCGCAGCAGCUCUUUCAUGACUGAACGGGGAGGCUUUGAGGAAUGCAGCCCCGGAGCAGCCCUGCAGGAGGCUGCGUGGCGCAGGGAGCAGCCAGCCAGGCUCCAUUUUGGAUGCCGGGCUGUUGCUAUUCUGAGUUGCGCUGCCCUGCUCACGCAGCUUAACUUCCCGCUGUGUUCCAGCUACUUAGAUGGUCGCUCCAUCGGCUUUUUUUAAACCAGCUGCUUUUGUGGCACGCUUCGUUUCUGUCAGGAGCACUCAGCGACAAAGCCACGUUCUGCUUUCUGGUGGGGAGCUGAAAAGCAUCGUUCUGUAAGGAUGGUAGCACCCAGUGACGGAAGGCAGUGGUCAGCUGCUGUAAACCCUGAGUGUGUUACUGAAGAAUUCCAUGUCAAAACCUGGGGACAGUUUGGGGCAGGUUUGGAUUGAAAGGAGGAUGGAGAAGUCUCCAGAGGGUGCUGAAGGCAAGGAUGCAGCAAAAGUAACUAAACAAGAGCCCACAAGACGAUCAGCAAGAUUGUCAGCUAAACCUGCUCCACCAAAACCUGAACCCAAGCCAAGGAAAACCAGUAAGGAACCUGGAACAAAGGCCAACAAAGGUGCUAAAGGGAAGAAGGAUGAAAAGCAAGAAGCUGCAAAGGAAGGUACUACACCAUCUGAAAAUGGUGAAAAUAAAGCUGAAGAGGCUCAGAAAACUGAAUCUGUAGGUGACAAGAAUGAAUGAAAUAUCAUGAAAAUUUGGGGUUGAUUUUAUGUACCUCUUGGACAACUUUUAAAAGAUAUUUUUAUCAAGUAUUUUGUAAAUGCUAAUUUUUUAGGACUAUGAUAGUUGACAUAUUAAACUGUAUAUGAACAUUUCCCUUCUCAUAACAGUGCUUCUAGAAAUUCCCAUUGUUGCCAAGUAAUAUAAAUAUCAACUUAAUAUUGCAAGGUAUGUGUAAAAUUGGAUCAGCAUUCCAUACACUUGCUUUAAGAAAUUAAGUCUUGUGCAUAUGGUGAUGUUUUUACUGUGUGUAUUUGAAUUUUUCAUGCAGUUUUUCUAGAGCAAUAAUCAGUGGUGCUUUUGUACUUAGGGUUUAUGUGAUUUUAAUGAAACAUGGAUAGAUGUGGCCACCUGCUGACUAUUUUGGGUUCUUUUAAUGGAUUAAAAUAAAAGGUCUCUUUGCCUGCAAAACUACAGCUUCCUAAUGUUUUCUCUAAAUCUGAGGAAUGCCUUACUCAUAUUUUCAGCCAUUAGAAGGAAGACAAAAUGAUAGAGCAAUGAUAGUUUUGCAUGCAGUCGGUUUGAUUUUUUUCUUUCUUCGCUCACGUCUGAUUGGAAAUAAAAAAUACCCUCGCGGGAGUAGCAGGUUGGGAUUUCCAGCGGCCUGCAACUUAAAUGACUUACAGAUAUCUGUUCUCCAGAAACUCUGUCGUAGGGUGAGUAGUGCUGCCAUACUCUGUCAGGAUAUUGUGGCUGUAAAGAAGCAUCAACACAGAGUGAAUUGCUUGCAACAGACGUACAUUUACUGUUAAAAGGAGCUUUGUUUCUGCCCCUCUCCCUUUCCGUUAACUUGAGAAGACUUGCAUCAUAUUCUGUGGAAACCCCUCUUUCUACCCGCAGUCUCAAAUUUUCAUACAAAGUUGCUGUUCUGCUUCAGCUGAGGACAGUUGACAAUACAUUGAAAUCGCUGUUAAACAGCGCUAUAUACUUGGUACCUGGUAGCAAUGGAACAAUGAGCAUUAUUUUUGAGGUGAUCGUGGUGUGAUACAGUGGAGUGGCUAAUGACUUUUUUUUUUCUUUUUAGUAUCCAUGUUUCAACUCUGCAGCUCAUUCUAAGCGCCUUUUAUAAUUUUUCUCCUCUUUUCUCUAGGGGCCCUGGUAUUUCUAUUGUUACUUCUGGGAUGGGAGGGGUGAGAGAAAAGAUGUUCCCUGUUCUCCAGUGGUAUUGAUUUGUAUUGCUCAAGUGGUGGCCAUUAUGUCUGAGGAUACUUCUUGCUUGUUUAAGUCAAUAAAUAAAUGACUGUUGCUUGA